AUGUCGUCUUCAGAAGAAGUUGGAGGAGGAGGAGGAGAUGGUGGAGGUCCGUCGUCUCGAAGACGACGUAGAGGUGUAGGAAAUAAUGGUGUUUGGCCGGAGCCAUUUUUGGAGGCAUUGGCUACACAAAUGGCUAUUGAUGCUUCUCGUUCCAUUGGUCGUCUUGUUGCUGCUCAAGCACUCUCCAAUGUUUUUCAGGUUUGUUCAACAUGGAGGACAGUGUCACGGUCCGAUCUGCUAUGGCAAAAUUUAAGCAACCGUAUAUGGAAUCGCCACCACCUUCUCCGUCCAACAUGGCACGACGAAUACGUAUAUUGGCACCAAACUUCCAACAAUUAUCGCCACCGUAGAUACGUAUACCACACUCUCCAUUUUGUACCAUCAAACAACGACGACAACCACAACAACGACAAUCUCUCUUGUCGUCGUCUCGCGUUAUCCGACCACCAUUUAGCCGCCGGAUUCUCUGACGGUUCGGUUCAAUUGUUUCAUCUACCUACUAGGGUUCAUUUGUCUACGUUCCGUCCACAACAACGUGACCGGCUCGGCCGGUAUUCUAGGGCUAUUUCGGGAAUUAUUUUGUCUGAUGAGAAACUCGUCUUUGCGUCAUUGGAUGGUGAUAUACAUGUGGUGCUCAUUGGUGGGGCGGAGCAGCCUCCGCCCCACCGUGCACAUUUAGGCGACGUUGUGAAUGACGGCGCUUUGGUGGAUUUCACCGGUUGUGACCGGUGGUGGGUUGGCCUCUAUGCAGGUGUUCCGGGGCGGGCAUUUCACGUAUGGAAUAGUGAAACGGAGGAACUAAUCUUCGCCGACGGCGACUUAACCGAUCCCGAGGCAGUAACAGGUUGGCACCUCCUAACCGAGUUAACCGACCUCGUGGGCCGGGUCAGGAUCACAGCCCGAGACACUGCUGUGACAUGCACCGGCCCACGUCUCGUCGUUAUCGAUUUACUUAACCAAGGGUUGAUCCUCCGAGAAAGAUCCUUCCAACAAGAGCUCAUCGUAGGAUCUUUCGACGCCACGAGCGAGUCGCUCGUGGCGGUGGACGUUCGGAGCAUUGCCACCGUCCAUCGAACGGAGGAUUUGGAUGAAUCGUGUAGGUUUAACGUGCGGGGCGCGUCGCAACGUGGGGUGGUUGGAAGCAUGAAUAAUAGUGGAUAUGGAGUAAUGUGUCUAGGAGGGGUUAUUAUUAGGGUUUGGGAAGUAGAAAAUGGAGUAUAUCUAUAUAGUUUAAGGGAGAGAAUAGGAGAGGUAAAUGCCAUGCAUGCAGAUGAAAGGCAUAUAGUAGCUUGUUCUAGUGAUGGUACUAUUCAUUUGUGGGACUUUGGGGCUCAAUAAUUAAUAUGGGGAUUAUUAUUAAUUAGGACAUUGGAGUUUCCUAAUUGGUAUAGCAGAAAACAAUUAAACACGACUAAU